GAUUUAGGUAUUAAUUUAUAAUAAAAGCUAUAAUCUUAAAUAGCUUAAAUUGCAAUGAAUAGAAUUCUUAAUUAAUAAAAUGAAUAAUAGUAAUAAUAAUAAAGCUAUAUAUAUGAUAAUUAAUAUUAAUAAUAAGAAAAUGAAGGAUUUUGUGAAUCUUUAUUUAAAAGAUUUUGUUUUUUUUUUGAUAUAAAAUCAUAUAAACCUUAUUUUGAGGAAGUAACUACCUCGGCAGUUAUAAAAAGGCUUGCUUAUUCAUUAAAUCCUCUUAAGUCUGAUUUUUUUAAAGUUUCUGAAAAUAAACCUGAUUUUUAUGGACCUAUUUGGAUAUCUUUUACUUUGAUCUUUACUUUUACUGCAAUCGGAAAUCUUUCUCUUUAUUUAUAAAGUGCAGAUAAAUCAAAAUUUGAAUAUUAAUUUUCUUUUAUACCAAAAGCUUUUGUAUUAGUUUGCGGAUAUGCAAUAAUAAUCCCUAUUUUUGUAGCAUUUUUAAUGUAAUUAUUCGGAAGUUUAAAAAUAUACUAUUCUAAAAUUAGUUGUAUAUAUGGAUAUAGUUUGUUUGUUUUUAUUCCUAUUUCUAUAAUAUGUGUAAUUCCUAAUAAUUAUUUAUAAAUUAUUUUAUUUUCAUAUGGCGCUAUAAAUUCGACUUUAUUUUUGAUAAAUAAUUUUA